AGAUUUCAUUAACUGCACCUGGCAGGCGGCCUGCAGAUUAACUGCUGCUGCUGCAGACAUCCAAACCCCCUGUUUUCCUGUGGAACAUCACCUCACCCACUGAAUGGAGUCAUUAUCUAAAGUGGAUGAGGCUUUUCCUUCACCUCCACCUUACUUCCUACAAGAUGAAAGUCAAACGGGUAAAGAUGUGAUGAUUUACCACAUCCACUCACCGUUCAGUCCUCCACCUCCUCCUCCCUCCUUCUCCUUCGCUUCUGAUGGGCGCUCAUCUCAAUCUCAUCUACCUCUGCCGGUGUCCGGUCUGUAUCCAUGCAUCCCCAGGCCCAAGUUCGUGAGCUAUGAGAACGAGCUGUUUCGCUCUCCGGGCCUGACGUGUUGUCACUCCUGUCGGACUCAGGUCACCACAAAGGUCGACUACAAAGUCGGGAGAUAUGCGUGGCUCAUGUGUCUUGUGUUUGUGUUGUGCGGGUUGGUGCUCGGUUGCUGCUUGAUUCCUUUCUUUGUGAAGCACUUCAAGGACGUCUAUCACAUUUGUCCUCACUGUCGACGGGUUCUGCACGUUCACAGGAAGACGUGCUGUGGCUGA